GGGCUAUUUCGUUCCCCAUUCUCUUCUCCUCCAUCCCCCAUCCAAUAGGUUGCACUCUCAUAUGAUACACGACUCGAAUGUUGAAGUUUGUCGCAAAGGCAAGAGGAGGAGGAGGAGGAGUUGCAGCCAGGACCUCGCUGUACCUGAUCGCCUCCACCGGUUUCGCCUCGCUCACUUACCAAACUCUCAACACUGAAAACUCCCACUAUAUUCACACACCAAAUUUCCCGUUCAAUUUCUUAAACGGCGUCGUUCGGUCUUCUCGCGCCCUCUUCACUAUUACUUCGUGUGUUGUUGAUUACAAGUAUUCGUUACACGGGCUAUCGGUGGAUUCCAAUGAAUAUGGGCUUGUAUUGUCCGAGAUCCAUCUACGCUCAGCAAAGAGGAUAUUAAAAUUGUGCCAUGCCAACAAAGGUUUCUAUGUCAAAGCUGGACAGUUUGCUGCAGCCAUGCGGCAAGUUCCGAAAGAGUACUCGUCUACCAUGUCAUCUUUACAGGAUCAGGCAGUUCCUUGUGAUUUCAAAGCCAUCAAGGAUGUUAUAUUCAGAAGUUUGGGGAAGGAUUUAUUAGAGAUAUUCAUCUCAUUUGAUGAGCAACCAGUUGCUGCUGCUUCCAUUGCUCAAGUACACCAUGCUUUACUGAAAGACAAUCAGGAAGUGGCAGUCAAGGUGCAAUAUCCAGGAUUAGGAUAUCAGAUGAAAUUUGACAUUGCAACCAUGGAUUUCCUCUCUAAAUCAGUUUCAUGGUUUUUUCCUGAAUAUAGGUUCGAUUGGAUGGUGUCAGAAUUUGCAAAAUCUAUAGCUUCUGAACUUGAUUUCGUUCAAGAAGCUAAAAACUCAGAAAGAACUGCCAAAAAUUUCGAGAACCACCGUGUGCUCAGGAUCCCACGCAUUUUCUGGGAUUUCACAAGCAGCCAGGUUUUGACUAUGCAAUUUUGUAAAGGACAGAAGGUUGAUGACUUGGAUUAUCUAAGGCGAAUGGGAAUUAGUCCACUUAAGGUGGCAAAAGCCCUAGUGGAAGUCUUUGCUGAGAUGAUAUUUGUCUAUGGUUUCCUGCACGGGGAUCCACAUCCUGGUAAUAUAUUAAUUUCUCCAGAGGGGCCAGGUGGCUUUUCUUUAGUUCUUCUAGAUCAUGGGAUCUAUAAACAACUGGAUGAAGGUUUCAGACAGUCCCAUUGUCAACUCUGGAAGGCUAUGGUUCUAAUGGAUUCAAAGAAAAUACAGGAGCUGGGUGAAAACUUUGGUGUUGGGAAGUACUCUAGAUACUUCCCUGUCAUAUUCACAGGAAGAACAGUUAACAGUAAAUCUGCACUUGGGAGAGGAAUGUCACCUGAAGAGAAAAAAUAUCUCAAGCAGGAAUUGAAGUCUCUAAAGAUGGAGGACUUAUCUUCGUUUAUGGAAUCAUUGCCGCCUGACUUUCUUACAGUAUUACGAACUGACGGACUGCUAAGGUCUUUGAUCAGCAAGUUGGAAGCUCCUCAACGAGUACGGCUAAUGGCUUAUGCUAAAUGUGCAUUACGUGGCCUCUAUCAACGGGCAAGUUCUGAAUCAGAUUCUGUUGUAAUUGUUGCGCUCUCCAGAUUUGAGAUGGGCAUCAAAUAUAUACAAUUUAGGCUACUGCUUGAAAUAAUGGACUUGGUUUCUUAUGUGGAGAGCAUGAGACGCUCGUUGUCUACAAGGUUGGGACAAUUAGCAUCAUCAGCUGGCAAUCUUAUUAGGAAUUUGUUCCCUCUUUUCACAUCACCUUAAUAGCCUGUUCAUUAGAGCAGUUAUGAAUUUGCUUCCCUAAUAAGAAUUUGGGAAAUUUUAUCCCUGAAGUGUAGAUCGUAAGUGUUUGGGGCCAAGAUAGUGAAAGGUAGCAAUUCAAUUCGAAAGAUUGGAGCAGUUUUGAGGGGUAACAUUCCUGAGUGCCCCGUGUGUUUAUUUAUGGAAAGUCUGAGGAUGCUCAAACAUAUGUAUUGCUGUAUGCCUGGGAAAACUGCAGGUUAUAAUACGAUAAACAUUGAUGAUGUAAAGAAGGCUAUUGAAUUGACUGAGCUAUCAAUAGACAUAUUUUCAGUUCU